GACUUCCCUUUCAUUUCCUUUGUCGCAGAUGAAUUUCUACAUGGAGAGAUGUGAAUAUUUUCCAGACGGUCACAGUACUUGCAUUGAAAUUAAGGAGCGCAGGCACGUUGUUGUGUUUGCGUAAAGGUGUUGGAUGUGCAAUGAAUCAGUGUGAGAAGAAAAAGGAGGCCAACACUGCCUCCAUAACCACCGAGUGCUUGAAACAUGACAGAGAGACAAAAGCUCAGAGCCCAAAACAGCAGCAGCAGAAGAGGCCAGACUCUCCUGAACCCAGCUGUGUGUCCAUGAAGAGCGACUGGUCUAAGGGUCGCUUGAAUAAUUUUAAAGCUGCACAAUCUGAUGAUGGAAAGAGAGAAAUUGAAACGUCCCUCUGCCCAGAGCAGAAGCCAGACCCUCCUGAACCCAGCUGUGCGUCCAUGAAGAGCGACCGGUCGAUGGGUCGCCUUUAUGACUUCAAAGCUGCACAACCUGAUGAUGGAAAAACAGAAGAACAGAGAUUUCAGCAGCCCUCAGCACCCAGUGGUCAGCCCGCCCAGAAAUAUCAAGAAAACCUGAGUGCCAAAUUUACAGUGGUUCGGAUGAACAUUUACUCUUUGGUGGAAAAAGAGCUGAAGAAUUGCCAAAAAAUACUGAGAGCAGAUUACCCAGAAUGCUUGGAGAAGCAGAUGGAUGAUGAAGACAUGAUGGCUGGUGAGGUGGAGGAGCAGACAAAGGGUUGCAGAGAGGCAGUGAUGGAGGUGAUACGGCACUGCCUUAGGAAAAUGUCUGAGGAAGAACUGGCUAAUACCCUACAGAACAGAGCUCAAAGUGCAGAGUGUCGACGUAGACUUAAGUCUAAUCUAAAGAGGAGGUUUCACCGUGUGUUUGAGGGGAUUGCUCAGCCAGGAAAAAAAGCACUUCUGAAUGAAAUCUACACUGAACUCUUCAUAUCAAAGGGAGCCACUGGAGAAGUCAAUGAUGAACAUGAGAUCAGACAAAUUGAAAAUGCAUUCAGGAAACCAAAAAAAACAGAAAUAACUAUCAAAUGUAAAGACAUUUUUCAGUCCACAGUUGGAGGAGAUCACCCAAUCAGAACAGUGAUGACAAAGGGAGUGGCUGGCAUCGGGAAAACAAUGUUAACACAGAAGUUCACGCUGGAUUGGGCCGAAGACAAAACCAACCAGGACGUACUCUUUAUAUUUCCAUUCACCUUCAGAGAGCUGAAUGUGCUAAAAGAGAAAAGCUUCAGCCUGGUAGAACUAGUUCAUUACUUUUUUGCUGAAACCAAAGAAACAGGAAUCUGCAGCUUUGAACACUUCCAGGUUGUGUUCAUCUUUGACGGUCUUGAUGAGUGUAGGCUUCCUCUGGACUUCAACAACAAUAAGACCCUGACUGAUGUUACAGAGUCCACCUCAGUGGAUGUGCUGCUGACAAACCUGAUCAGGGGGAAGCUGCUUCCUUCUGCUCGCCUCUGGAUAACCACACGACCUGCAGCAGCCAAUCAGAUCCCUCCUGAGUGUGUCGACAUGAUGACGGAGGUCAGAGGGUUCACUGACCCCCAGAAGGAGGAGUACUUCAGGAAGAGAUCCAGAGAUGAGGAGCAGGCCAGCAGGAUCAUCUCCCACGUUGGGACAUUACGGAGCCUCCACAUCAUGUGUCACAUCCCAGUGUUCUGCUGGAUCACUGCUACAGUUCUAGAGGAGCUGCUGAAAACCGGAGAGGGAGGAGAGCUGCCCAACACUCUGACUGAGAUGUACAUCCACUUCCUGGUGGUCCAGGCCAAACAGAAGAAGGUCAAAUACGAUGGAGGAACUGCAACAGAUUCACACUGGUGUCCUGAGAGCAGAAAGAUGAUUGAGUCUCUGGGAAAACUGGCUUUUGAGCAACUGCUGAAAGGAAACCUGAUCUUCUAUGAGUCCGACCUGACGGAGUGUGGCAUCGAUAUCAGAACAGCCUCAGUGUACUCAGGAGUGUUCACACAGAUCUUUAAAGAGGAGAGUGGACUGUACCAGAACAAGGUGUUCUGCUUCGUCCAUCUGAGCGUUCAGGAGUUUCUGGCUGCUCUUCAUGUCCAUCUGACGUUCGUCAACUCUGGAAAAAAUCUGCUGUCAGAAGACCCAAUGACCCAGGUCUAUCAAAGUGCUGUCGACGAGGCCUUACAAAGUCCAAAUGGACACCUGGACUUGUUCCUCCGUUUCCUCCUGGGCCUUUCACUGCAGACCAAUCAGAGUCUCCUACAAGGCUUGUUAACACAGACAGGCAGUCACUCACCAGCAGAAACGGUUCUAUACAUCAAGAAGAAAAUAAGGGAAAAUUCCUGUCCAGAGAAAAGCAUUAAUUUGUUUCACUGCCUGAGCGAGCUGAGGGACCGUUCUCUAGUGGAGGAGAUUCAGCAGUACCUGAGUUCAGGGAGUCUCUUCUCAAACAGAGUCUCUCCUGAUCACUGGUCAGCUCUGGUCUUCAUUUUGUUGUCUUCAGAGAAAGACCUGGAUGUGUUUGACCUAAAGAAAUACUCGGCUUCAGAGGAAGCCCUUGUGUGGCUAACGCCAGUGGUGAAAGCCUCCAAAAAAGCUCUGUUAAAUGGCUGUAAACUCUCACAGAGAAGCUGUGAAGCUCUGGCUUCACUUCUGAGCUCUAAGUCCUCAAAUGUGAAAGAGCUGGACCUGAGUAACAAUGACCUUCAGGAUUCAGGUGUGAAGCUACUAUGUGAUGGUCUGCAGAGUCCACACUGUGCUCUGGAAACUCUCAGGUCAGGAUGUAGUUAUAAUAAAAAUUUAAAAAAAAAAACCCUGGAUGUAAAAAAAAAAAAACUAUUAAUUAUAAUAAAUGUUCAAUGUGUGAAUUUACUGACUAAAUCUGUUCCCUUUAGGCUGACAGGCUGUAACCUGUCUGAGAGAAGCUGUGAAGUUCUGGCUACAGUUCUCAGCUCAGAGUCCUCGAGUGUGAGAGAGCUGGACCUAAACAACAACGACCUGCAGGACUCAGGCGUGAAGCUACUCUGUGCUGGACUGAAGAGUCCACAAUGUGCUCUGGAAACUCUCAGGCUGUCAGGCUGUCUGAUCACAAAAGAAGGCUGUACAUCUUUGGCCUCAGCCCUGAGUGACAACCCCACCCAUCUGAGAGAGCUGGACCUGAGCUAUAACCAUCCAGGAGACUCAGGAGUGCAGCAGCUUUCUGCUGGACUGAAGGAUCCUCAGUGGGCACUUCAGACCCUGAGGAUGGACAACUGUGGAGAGAAGAGGCUAGUACGUGGUGUAAGAAAGUAUGCCUGUGAACUCACACUGGACCCAGUCACAGCACACCAAAACCUCAAGCUGAUGGACAACAGCAACCAAAGGGUGAUAUUUAGAGAGGAGCAGUUGUGCUCUGAUCACCCAGACAGAUUCGACUUUUGGCCUCAGGUUCUGUGUAGAGAUGGUUUGACCGGUCGCUCCUACUGGGAAGCCGAGUGGCUAGGAGACGUUUGUGCAGCAGUGACCUACAGAGGAAUCAGAAGGAGAGGAGACGGGGAUGAGUGCAGGUUUGGAGGGAGCGAUCAGUCCUGGAGCCUGCGCUGUUCUGUUGACGGCUGCUUUGUUUAUCACAAUGGCAGAGAAACCAAACUCCCUUGCCGCUCCUUGCCUGCCUGUGACAGAGUAGCAGUGUAUCUGGACUGUCCAGCCGGUACUCUGACCUUCUACAGAGUCUCCUGUGACACACUGAUCCCCCUCCACACCUUUUACUGCACAUUCACUGAACCUCUCUAUCCGGCGUUUGGACUUGGAUUCAGAUGUUUGUCCACAUCUGGUUCUAGGCUCCGGUCUGGUUCCUCUGUGAUUCUGUGUUCUACAGAGAGCGCAGAAACAAGCGUCUGAGAAGUCUACGUAUAGUCAAACCCUAUAUUGUUCAUAUUUUGAUUUAUAGUGAUUUCUUUUUUGGCCAGUAGAUUUCCUCUGACUGGAAGUGACAAACAAAUGAGAACAUUUAAAUACAACAACAACAACUACUAACAACAACAACAAUAAUAAUUUUUUUAAAGAUUUUAUUUUUGACAAAAAAUGCUAAUAUAUAUAGAUGUUGAUCAUUUUCACCAUGAUUUGAUACUGUUGUGGAUCAUUCUUUUGCAUGGAUUCCAUCUUUAGAAGUGUUUGUUGAUGAGCUGCAUUUUUAUUGAUAUUUAGAGCUGCAGCAGACUUGAUUAUGACAACCAGAUGUUCAAAAGCCACAUUUCUUAUUGGCUGCUGAUCCACAUCUGGACAGGGAUGAAGACUUUGGUGUUGACUGUUUGGUGAAUGGUCAUAAAUACGGUCGUGACUUAUCGGAUGCAGUUUUCUAUUUUUGUAGGUAGACGUUGCAUCAAAGCAUGUCUGCAACUGGAAAAUUAGCCACACCUUUAUGCUGAAAGAAAAAUGGAAAGCAUCGCACCUUUACUAGCGUCACUGCACUGGCUACCUACAAAACACAGAAUGAAUUCUGGGGUUCUUUCAUUUGUUUAACUGGUUAACUUCUCUGCUCCAACUCUACCUCCAGGCCUUGUAGAUCCUCGUUCCUCCUCCAUUAGACAUGUUUAAGGAAAAUCUGUUGGUCUUAACAUUUUGGCAUGUAAAUUUAUUUUAUUUUAGAAAUUGAUCUAAAACGUUCUUGUCUUACUACCUUUAUUUUGUUUUAGAAGUUUCUUGUCUUGUUUUUUUGCACAUAUUCUUGCUGUUGCUUGCUUGGUCACUUGAACUGUUGAAUGAAAAAAAAUGCUAAGUAAAUAAACUCAGUUUGAUUUACA